UGGAGGCGAACCGAUCGUACGGAUGAGUCACUCUGGAUAGGCCAGUAGACUAGACUCUCAUAUUGAUGCGUGCGAUGCCAACUCUGAAGUAAAUGUACUGUACAUGUAACAGUGUGGUCGAAGGUGACCCCCUUCUCCUACUCUCAUGUGGCAUGGUAUUAUAUGUAUUGAUGAUGUGAUAUAUAUUUUGUUGCCCAAGCGAAUUUAUACCCGUUUGGAUUCAGGCACUUGUGUUACACAAGGUGGGUAUAGAAGGCGCGACAAAAUUGGUGGAGAUGAUCUGAGAUUUUAGAUGAUGGGAAGCCAGAUUAAGUUUGGCUAUUCCAUCUGUAGAUCACUUUGAAGGGCCUUGUAGCGGAGAUUGUCAAAUUAAGUUUUGAAUUGUUUGAGCUCAAGGUACCCGGUUGGCGUAUUUUCUUUUGAAAAUACGUACGAAAUUAAUUAUUAUUACUUUCACAGCAUGCGACGAGUUUAUUAAAGAAUUAAAACGGAAUGUUGUUUCAAUCCCGUAGUACUAAUUUAACCUUUAUUUCGUUUUUGUGGUAAAAGGGUGCACCCUAGGCUAGAUUAAGUAUUGGGCUACAUUAAAAUAUUACCUAACUGUUAUGAUUAUACACUCGAUCGUUGUUGUGUAAUUGUUAUUUUAAGAUAUAUUCAUAAGGUAUUUUUGUUAUGUUGGCUAUCAUACCUUUUAUAUAGAUGGUAUUAGAUAAUUGUUCCUUUUUUACCUUAUCUAUGUCCUUAAGCGUACGUUCGGAUUUCAUCAUUUUAUUUUUAGUGAUAGACGAACGAGCGUGGUAUAGAAUGUCAGAUGAAGGGUAACUAUAAAUUACCUUUUAUCCAAUAGAUUACUUAUGGUAAUUUAUAUUUCUUAUUCGCGUUUAAUGAGAUUUACUAUUUGGUAAAUUUACCGGUAAGUCAAACAAUCUUCCGGACAUGAAUGAGAAUCGGAACGCACCACUGCACACUGGCAAUCCUAGCAAGACCCAACGUCAAGAGAAAAAAACAACGAGGAAAAAACAGAAAUUUCGCGGUAUUCAAAGUUACUCGAGCGACUUGAGCGAGUGGCGUCUUCAAGUUUCUUGCUUAAGCUUAUCAUUAAGUGUAUUAGGCAGUUGAUAAAUCACAGUGUUGUGGGGAUUGCGGUCUCAGUUCUGGUACAGGGAAUCAUUUCCAAAGCGAGUUGCAGCACAAUUGCAGCUGCACCAAGAAGCAGGGAAUGUACCUGGCCGGUUCGAGACGUGUUUUGUGAUACGUAGCAUACGCGUGUUCAUUCCACCGCCCGGAACGAAAAAAAAGAAUAAGUUGUUUACUUGUACGGCAGCACGGUUUCCUGGGUGAGUUUAAACCAUGAAUACGUAAAGAUGUAUGUUAUUUGUUGGGAACAUUCGACGUGAAAUCCCUGGAAAAAACAACAUUAGGCUGAAGAAAGUAAUGGGAAGUACGGUAGUGCCUCCGCCAAGACGAAUACUACCUACAUUUUUGAAUUACAUAGUAUUUUGUAGAAUUCUGGCGUUGAGUAGCCGCGGAUAUCGCCAUAAUGGUUAUUUAUACGCCAAACUAGUGUAGGCUAACUAACUCUGUUAAUUAUUUUCAGCUGGCAUCAUGGCAAGUUUAUACAGUCGGGUUAAGCUGCGCCAUGAAAAGUUACUAACGGUGACUGCGGACUCUCAGGCCCUCUGGGAGCAAUUGCAAGCAGACGGAGUUGUCAGUGAAGACAAGUUCACGGCACUCCACUUAAAAUUGAAACAGUGCUUGGGGACCUUUGAGAAGGAGAUAUUUCAAUAUUUAAGUGUGGUGCCGGAUGCAGACGUGGUUAGCAUGACACAGGAUCAACUCAAGGCCGAAGAUAUAUUGACAGAACUGGAAAUUGCAUGGCAGAUUAACAAGAGGCGAAGUGGAGCUGUCAAUAAGUCAAAGCUACCCGAGUUGAGCCUGCCAACCUUCUCCGGCGAUAAGCUGAAAUGGUGCGAAUUUUGGGACCGAUUUGCUGCCAAUGUAGACCAGAGACAGUUACAGGAAUCAGAGAAACUUAUGUACCUCCUGAGCUGCCUAAAAGGUGCAGCUCUUGAAACAGUUUCAGGAAUGGCAGCUACCAACGCAAACUACUCGGUUGCAGUGGAUACUUUGAAGCAACGUUAUGGGUCAACUGACACUUUAAUAGACGCACAUUAUACAGCACUCAACCAACUUCAAAAGGCAGACCAUACUAGUGCCAGCUGCCGGAGUGUUCUGGAUAGUGUUGAGCGAAAUCUCAGGGUGUUGGAGAAGCUCGGGGAACCAGUUGGAGGCAACCACUUAAGAGCGCUGGUAUUAUCAAAGUUCCCAGAAAGGGUGAUCCAUGAGCACCACCUCAUAGGUGAAGGUACUGACUUGAAGGCCAUCAGAAAUAAUUUAGACCGCAUAAUCACGGCAAUGGAGAAGUCAGCAGCUACAGUAGUACAAACUCCAGAGACCAUUGCCGUGCCUCGUAGUAGCACAACUGAGGCACUGCAAGUCCGUACAGAGGUAAGGUCUUUGAGUAGCCGGAAGCGGAAACAUGCGGGAAAUGCUGGUGCAGGUGCACCACCUUCAAAGCGACCAAAAAGGGCAUGCUUGUUUUGCAAUCUGAAAGGACAUGCUAGCAGGGACUGUCGGAAAUACAGUACAGUUGAAGCUCGUCAGAAGCAAGUGACAGGAAGGUGUCUACACUGCCUUCGACGCAAUCAUACAACAUCAUCCUGCAAGCGCAAGAUUGCUUCCUUCCGCUGUAAAGGAGACCACCUGCUCAUAUUCUGUCCCAAUCCGGCCUCAGAUGACCGCAGUGGCAACUCUUCAAAAUCCUCUAACUAAGAAAAGUAGCAAAGGCAGAAUCUUCUUAGACUGCGGUAGUCAGCGGAGUUACAUUACUCUAGCAGCUGCAAAAAAGUUAGGCCUGCCUACCCUCCAGGAAGACCAGCUACUCAUAUUCACCUUCGGAGCUUCUGAACCUCGGGAGACGUCGACCCCCUCAACAACAGUCAACAUCCUGACGAAACGCAAUGUCACCAAGCAGUUUACGGUGAACGUCGUACCAAGAAUCACAGACAGAGUUCCGGUGACAUCCUUCAAGUAUCCUGGAGUCGAUAUUGUUGCUGAUGAUGAGACAGUUGGAGAGGUUGUUGAUGUACUCAUCGGAAAUGAUUUCUUUGGCGCUAUCCUCAGAGAAAGAAAGAUCCAGGUGUCGGAAGAUUUUUGGUUAUUGGAUACUGAUUUUGGAUGGGUGCCUACAGGGAAGCUUACAUCUGAAGAAAGAAGCGAGGUCCUCUCAGUGGUCACAUAUUGCCAGUGUCACACUCCUAGCUGUCCGUAUUUCAGUGAGCCAGAUCUGCCUUUAAGAAACAUAGAUGUAAGGUUCUUAUGGUCAUUAGAG